AUUAGGCUAUAUCACACAGGUUCCACUAUUAUACUGAGCAAUUCAGACUUGUUUUUAUUUCCACAUUUUUCCUAUGAUUUUGGUCCAUUUUAGCUCAAUUUCAGCUCAGUUGCAUAUCCUGUCCCAGGAAGGAAGCCUGACUAUGAACAGACAAGCCACUCCCUUAAACAAGUUAAGGCCUGCACCAUUUGGAUCUUUUUAAUCUUACAAGUGAUUUUCCCAAGGGCCAAUCUGAUUUUACUGGAAGAGAUCAUAAUAGUGAUCUGAUCUGCAUUUUUGGCAGUACGUGCCUUCCUGAAUACUCAAGGAUGUCUCCUCAACACUUUCUGCAGAGUCUUUCAUACUUUCUGUUGGUUCUACAUCAUUGAGACAGUCGCCACCCUCUGGACGGAAACUCAGGGACAGCAACGUCAAGCAGUAACUGAUCUGAUGGUGUGGGAAAAAAGCAAGUUUAAAGAUUCAGCUUGUGGAAUUUAGAGAGAUAUAUUGGCAGAAAAUUGAAUAAAAUAUAAUAAGUAUGCUUUCUCUGGGGUAUAAUACCUUAAAAUGUUGUUGUUUUCGUAACUUUAGAAGGAGUCCCUUAUAUCUACAUAGAGAGCGAGCAUUUGUUUAUGGAGAUCACCAUGUUGCACCUCCAUGUUUCUACAGUAGCUGAGAAAGGACAAACCAAACACUGGCUCUACGUAGGGCCAUUUGCAUUUCUGCGUUAAUGCACCAUCCACCAUAGUUGGAAGCCCAUCUGCAAAGAGCAGCAUUGGGAAACCACUGAUUUGUGAUAUGAAUCUGCUUUUUUCAAUGUUUUUUACAGGUUGAAAUCACAUGAUUUCAAGUUUUUUUGGAGAGGAGUUGACUUCUGCGGAUAUUUCAGCUCACAGUGAAAACCUCCUGACCCCAAGGAUCUAAAGUUAUAAGAGAAAAAAGGUGCUGCUGCGGAUGCUCAAGAGCCAAAUCAAACACACCUUUAGUCUUGGGCUGAGGCCAGCGCUGGAGCCCUGGACUCACCUGUGAGGUCCCGCCUAGUAUGAAGCUCCGUUCCAAAGAUGCCUUUGCUGCUGCUGCCGCUGCUGCUGGGCAAACAUCCCCGGCCGCAGCUUCAUGCCCUUUAUGGGAGGCUCAUACUUCCUUUGGCUACCCUGCGACCUCCAUGCCCACAUGUCUCUCCGUAACCAAUAUCAACAUUUGCAAGCCUCCGCACAUCAUUUUCAUCAUGACGGACGAUCAGGGAUUCAACGACAUCGGCUACCACAGCUCUGACAUCAGGACCCCGGCGCUGGAUAAACUGGCCGCGGACGGAGUGAAGCUGGAAAGUUAUUACAUCCAGCCCAUCUGCACCCCGUCCCGCAGCCAGCUCAUCACCGGCAGGUACCAAAUUCACACCGGCCUGCAGCACUCCAUCAUCCGUCCCCGCCAGCCCAACUGCCUGCCCUUUGACCAGGUCACCCUCCCACAGAGACUGCAGGAGCUCGGCUACUCCACCCACAUGGUCGGCAAGUGGCACCUGGGCUUCUACAAGAAGGAGUGCCUGCCCACUCGCCGUGGCUUCGACACAUACUUUGGCUCCUUAACAGGCAGCGUAAACUACUACACCUACGACUCCUGUGAUGGCCCCGGGCGGUGUGGCUUCGACCUCCAUGAGGGGGAGUCGGUCGCCUGGGGUCAGAGGGGCAAAUACUCCACCCAUCUCUACACACAGAGAGUCCGCAAAAUCCUGGCAACCCACGACCCUCAGUCUCAGCCGCUGUUUAUCUUCCUCUCCUUCCAGGCUGUUCAUACACCCCUGCAGUCUCCGCGGGAGUACAUCUACCCGUACCGCCAGCUGGAAAACGUGGCGCGCAGGAAGUAUGCUGCUAUGGUCUCAGCUGUAGAUGAGGCAGUGCAUAAUAUAACAUACGCUCUCCGAAAGUAUGGUUACUACCAGAACAGUGUCAUCAUCUUCUCUACUGACAACGGUGGCCAGCCUUUAUCUGGCGGCAGUAACUGGCCGCUCAGAGGACGUAAAGGCACCUACUGGGAAGGCGGCAUCCGGGGUCUGGGGUUCGUCCACAGUCCUCUGUUGAGGAAGAAAAGGAGGGUGAGUAAAGCCCUGGUGCACAUCACUGACUGGUACCCCACUCUGGUGGGAUUAGCAGGCGGCAAUGACUCCCUGACUGAGGGGGUGGAUGGGUUUGAUGUCUGGGAAGCCAUCAGCGAGGGGAAGGAGUCACCCAGGUUUGAGAUCCUCCACAACAUUGACCCUCUGUAUAACCAUGCACGCAGCGGCUCCCUGCAGAAAGGAUAUGGGAUUUGGAAUACAGCUGUUCAGGCCUCCAUACGAGCUGGAGACUGGAAACUCCUAACAGGAGACCCCGGCUAUGGAGACUGGACACCGCCACAGAUGCUUCCGGGUUUCCCUGGCAGCUGGUGGAACCUGGAGCGCCAUACUGAACCCCGGAAAUCUCUGUGGCUUUUCAACAUCUCCGGAGACCCCUACGAACGUUUUGAUCUUUCUGAGCAGAGACCAGAUGUUGUCAAAGAGCUGCUGGCUAGACUGGCGUACUAUAAUCGCACUGCAGUGCCAGUAAGGUACCCAUCAGAGGACCAACGGGCUGAUCCGCAACUCAAUGGAGGAGCCUGGGUUCCCUGGGUGGGAGAUGAGGAGGAGGACAGCUGGGACACUGUCUACCAGAAAAAGAACAAGGAUUGGAAGAAGAAGCUGAAACUGUCCAAAAGCAGGUCGUUUUUCAGGAGACUCAACACUAGGAUUAUGUCCAACAGGAUAUAGAAAGGACAUGACUGAAAAAAGGUUCAGAGGAGACACUCCUGAAGGUUAAAGUUAUACGAAGGACAGUUCUGCUAGUGGAUGAAACUUUUUUUUUUGUUUUGAACAAGGAGCCAAUCUUCUGCAAGAUGCAUCUGCAGUUACGAAGUUGUAUCUGCAGGAUGAUGUUCAGUCUCUCUAGAAGAACUGAUUGAAGAAAAAAAUCCAAUAAAGUAUCAAUUCCUCCACGGGUUUGUAUCAAGAAUUAAUAAAAUGUGUUUCCCUAA